AUGCUCAUAAUUUUCUAAAUUUUAUUAUACUUAGCCACUUGUCUUAAUGAUCCUAUUAAUGAUCCUAUUAAUGAUCCUAUUAAUGAUCCUCAUCACACAUCUAUAAUAUAUGGUGACAGUGACUAAGGUUAUUAUUAUGUCAAUCUAUUUAUUGGAGAAAAUAAAUAAAGAUAAUCAUUAAUUCUUGACACAGCAAGUUCAAUUACUACAUUUCCUUGUGGAGAUUGUAAAAGUUGUGGUGAACAUAAAGAUCCUUAUUAUGAAUAUACAGUAAUUAUUUCUAUUUCUACUAAUAGCUUCCCUAAAAAAACAAUUUAGUAAAAUGUGAUUAGGUAAUAGGUUAAAAAAAAUGUGAUAAAUGUUUGAAUAAUAAAUGUUCUUUUUAAAUUAGUUAUGCUGAAGGAUCAAGACUAGCUGGUUAUUUUAUGAGAGAUUUGGUACUUAUGGGAGAUGAGUUUGAAGAAUUAAGCUAAUAAUAAGAUCAAAUAGUUUAAUUAGAAUAGAUCUUAAGUGUUAUUGGAUGUACGACAUUAGAAACUAAUUUAUUUUUUACAUAAAAAGCUAAUGGGAUAAUGGGUUUAUCACCUAAAACUAAUUCAGAACUUUCCUUCCCUAAUUACAUAGAUGAUCUCUAUGAAAAAGAGAAAGGAAGUUCAUUUUAAUAUAUGUUUACAAUUUGCAUUGGAAGGAAAGAUGGUUAUAUGACCAUUGGCGAAUAUAAUUUUAAUAGACAUCCAAAAGAUAGUUAGUAUUAUAGUGUGAAAUAUAAUGAAGAAACAGAUGUAUACAAAAUAAAUGUCAAAAAUAUCAAAGUAAAGUUUAUUUUAUAAAAUAGAUAGAUUGAUAAUAUUGUGAUUGCUGAUCAUGAUUUAAUAAAUUAAGGAUAAGGAGCUUUUAUUGAUUCAGGAUCGACAUUAGCAUACGGUUCUCCAAAAUUAAGUGACAAAUUGACUCAAUAAUUUAAAUGUUAACAUGAGAAUUGUCCAGAAGAAUAAUAUUUAGAAGGCUUAAAGUGUUAUUAGUUUAAAGAUAGUAAAAAUGGAAAUUUUUCAAUAUUUGCAUCAUAUUUUCCAACAUAUUCAUUUGAGUUAGAUCGUAAUUUUACAUUUGAUUGGAAACCAAUAAAUUAUCUUACAUUGUCAAUGAAUACAACUGACAUAUACUGUUUCCCACUUGCAGUGAUACCUGGUGGUAUAUUAAUUAUCUAAAAUAGCACCUAGGAUGAUAUUAGGAUAAGUUUGGAUGAGAAAUUGGGAUAUUGGAUUCAAUAAAUAAACAAAAGAAAUCAUGUUUGUUGAAAAUAAUUGUUCGAAUUAAAAAGUUAUUCAUGAAUUUACAGAAGAAGAUAUCAUUCGAGCAGAAUAAUAGUCUAUCAAAACAAAUAAUGGGAGAAGAGUUUAUAAAGAUUUAAAUUUAAAAGAAAGUAAUAAUUUUUCUAAUAAGCAAUUAGAAAAUAAUUUAUUUGUUGAAAGUAUUUAUGUAGUUUUCAUGAUAUUGUUAAUCAUUUGUAUAUAUUAUUUUUUCUCCUAUUUACUGGAGAUAAGGAAAAAAUAUGGGAAAUAUAAUACAAUUUAAGGAAUAAGUAGUUAGGAAUGA